CGACAACAGGAGAGAGGCCCGCUGUCACGCUGCAGACACUUUAUUCAUCUCCACGUGGAGAACGCAACUUUGUACCAUGUCUGCACGCUGCAUGAACUGCAUUCAUGAAACGUGGUAAACAUGUCCGAGCCCCAUUGUCUUCUAUGAAUAGCCGUGGCAGAGUACCCCGUCUGCGGUCUGUCAGAGAUGGGUGUGAUCCGGCCGUCUGAUGCCCAGACAGCGUUUGUUGUCGUGUUGUCAGGACAGCCCUCACAGUCGAGAUAAGCUCCUCACGAGAAGUGUCCCGUCUUCUGGAUCCAUGUGACUUAAAGCGAAGGGAAGACAUACUCCAUCUGUGAAGUUACUGGUUCCGGACAUAUCAAGAUGAGUUCCACUGCUGUGCCUGUGACCGUUGCCGUCCUAUCCCACAACAAUGACUCGAACCAGCCCACCUGUGACACCCUGUACGCCCACCGGGACUACGCCAGGGUGCUCAUGCCUCUCUUCUACUGCGUUGUGUUCCUGGUGGGGCUGCUCGGGAACAGCCUCGCCCUCCAUGUCAUCCGUCCCAAUGUGAAGAAGAUGAACUCCACCACCUUGUACUCCCUCAACCUGGUCGUCUCCGACAUCCUCUUCACCCUCUCGCUGCCCGUGAGGAUCUUCUACUACGCCCUGGGUUUCCACUGGCCUCUUGGCGAGGCGGUGUGCAAGAUCUCGGGACUCAUCUUCUACAUCAACACCUACGCUGGGGUCAACUUCAUGACCUGCCUCAGCGUGGACCGCUUCAUCGCCGUGGUCCUGCCUCUGCGGUUCGCGCGACUCAGGAAGGUCAGCAACGUGCGCUACAUCUGCGUCGGCGUCUGGCUGCUGGUCCUGGCGCAGACCUUCCCCCUCGUGGGAAUGCCGAUGACCAAAGCGGAACCCGACGGCUUCAUCACCUGCAUGGAGUACCCCAACUUUGAGAAGGUCGACAACAUCGCCACCAUACUGAUCGGAGCCGUCUUCCUGGGUUACGUCGUGCCUGUGCUGACCAUCCUCGUGUGCUACUCCGUCCUGUGCUCCAAACUCCACUCCUCGGCCAAGAGCAACCAUCUGACGGAGAAGUCUGGCCGAAGCCGCAAGGCCAUCGGCGUGAUCUGCUGCGUGUCCCUGGUGUUCAUCGUCUGCUUCAGCCCCUAUCACAUCGACAUCCUGCAGUACAUGAUCCGCAAGCUGGUGUCGAGCCCCGACUGCGUCGAUCUCACGGCCUUCCAGGUGUCGCUGCACUUCACCGUGUGCCUGAUGAACCUCAACUCCUGUCUGGAUCCCUUCAUCUACUUCUUCGCCUGCAAGGGCUACAAGAGGAAACUCCUGAAGCUGCUGAAGCUGCAGGUCAGCAUGUCCUUCUCCAGUGCAGUGAGAACGUCACCCGAAGGCUCCUCCCGGGAUGUGAUAGACGGCAACAAGAUCCAACUCACCAGCUGUGGUGUCGGCUUGGUCACAGAGAGACUCACAGACAGCCGGUCUCACCAGUGAAUGAAAGAAAUGAGAGUGACACGAGAGGAGAGGACCUUUUUCGUUUGAGACCUACUUUAGAGAGCAUUCAAAUAGUGUCUCGAACAAAUGGAAGUGGACUCGCUUAUGCCAUCAGGGACUCCAAGCAUCUGGAUCCAAAAGAAAUCAAGCUAUUAUGGAUCAAAUCCAAGGAAAGUCUUUUUUCAUUUUUUUUAAAGAACAUCAACAGAGCGACAAUAGAAAUCCAGCGCACAUUUUUUUAUUAGCAUGCGUUUCUCAGGAAAGCAGAGAUUAGUGCAGCGAUUGGGAAGAAAGGAGGAUAGCCUCCCGCCCGCAAAGACUUGAGCUCGAGACAGAGCGUGUCCGAGGGGGGCAGCCGAGUUGGCGUCAAGUCCUACAUUCAAAUUCCUGUGGACCGGAGAAGUGGUGAAAGCUUAGCUCAUGUACAGUAUGUGAAGAGUGAAGCAGUCAUACUCACAUGAAAAAGGCAACAGUGUAAUAAUUGCAACCGGACAAUGACCUCACAUCUGAUCCCAUCCUCGCAGCAGUACCUUUAUUAACAUUAACUUCAAAAUCAGCCUCACAGCCUCAGUUUUCUGUUGGCCUCAUGUUUCAGCUCAAUUGCCACACCUCAGGAGAGUGUACACUCCUUAUAUCAACUGCCUGCCAACUGAAUUAAACUUAAUUGGCAGGUGGAGUGGCGCCAUUUGUCUGUUUUAGCAUUAAUUUUCUCGUUGUUAAAAGUGGGUGCGGUCUAUGAUGUCAUUUAAUUUAAAGGGGAGUUUUCUUGUCAAGACGCAGAAGUUAUGUUUACAGGCAGUGCUGUUCACCAUACUGCAACUUGUGUAUUCCUUAAGGGUCUAACGAAUGUAUUGAGUGCAUUUCAUUCCUCAUUAAACAUGCUUGUUUACAAUAAUG